AUGUUAUUUUGAUGGGACCAAUCUAGUCUGACUUUGACAGUAAAAUUUUGUGAAAAUCUUGCUCUGAAGAUAUAUAAUGAUUCUCUUUAGCUUUGUCUCAGUUUUACAUCUUAAACAUUGUGUUCUACAGAAGAUGUGAUUAUUCAGAAUUUUCGAAGUUUUGCUUGUGCGAUUCCACAUGUCUGUAUCUUUGGUAGUUUUGCGGUUUGAAAUAGCUGACGCAUUUAGCUUGGCGAAGUCAAUCUGUUUCACAUCCUGCAAAGAAAACGACCCAGACAUGACAGAGAAAGAAAACAAAAUUCAAAAUGAGGAUGGCUCCAGUGACUUGGAAGCUUCAAAUUCUGUGUCAUUCCCAGCGACUGAUCAGGAAGGGAAAGCAUGCAAAGAUAUGAAUCCAUCCUCCCCAAGAGAGAUCCAAGGAUCUGGAAAGGAACCGACCGAAGAUGCAGUUUCUAAGCAACAGUUGCUGGAGCAGCAUAGAGGUUCUAGAGAAAUGAGAGACAUCAUGGUAGAAUCCAUGGUCUUCACAGGUUCAGAGUUUGAAAAGUGUGAACAAGGAAACCCUGAACAAGCCACGGCAGUUAAGGACCAGGACAACUCACCCAGACCUGCUGAAGACAUCCAAGCAUCCCCUAGCAAGCCACCAGACCCCAAGACUGACAACGCCCUCAAACCAAAGAGCGUGUCAAAGUCUCAAGCAGCAAGUAGUUUACCAAAAGAAUCGCAGAGUAACAGACCAAUGGGAAACAAAAACAAGAAAUCCAAAAAGAUGCCAAGCAACAUAGAAAUGGCAAAGAAAGCAUCAACAUCAGAAUCACCUUCCCAGAAUCAUCAAAACAGAGAUGGGCCAAGAGAAUCUGGAUCCCAGAAAUCAGCACAGAAGGAUUUGAAUGAGAAGAAACCUAAAUCUGAUCAGCCUUUGAGUGAUCCCACCUCUGCCACCAAAAGCUAUGCUUCCAUAGUAUCUGGAAGCCCUGUCCCUCAGAUGGUAGAGUUAGAGCUAGAUCAAAACAUCUCUACUGCAGAUAGUGGUGUCUUGGUUGGAGGAGGCACAUUAGACGGCAAGCACAUGUCUAAGAGCCCACUCUCCAAACACCAGAGUGUCGUCCCAUUUUUCUCUGGAAACCCAAGCGUGGAAAUUACUAAAGGGAUUCUCCAUCUCUUCAAGGAAAAUGAAAUGACCCCAUUGGAUGAAGGUGUGACUCGGAGUGAGAUGCUGUGCAUGUUGGCUGUUCCCGCGGUGAUGACCUGCCAUGACCUCUUGCAACUUGCCGCGCCCCUCAGUCAGGGCAUUCAGCUGAUGAGGGUCAUUAGAGAUACCACGCCCAAUCAGUAUAUGGUCCUCAUCAAAUUCAAACAACAGAAAGAUGCAGAUGAGUUUUAUGCAGAGUUCAAUGGGAAACCCUACAAUUCUAUUGAGAGCAGCGUCUGCUAUUUGGUCUAUGUGUCCAGGGUGGAGUGCAUGAAGGCAUCAGAGGGUGCAACCCUUCCAGUGCCUGGGUUGACGGAGCUCCCCACCUGUCACAUCUGCCUGGAGAGAAUGGACGAGUCAGUCGAUGGAAUCCUAACCAUAUUGUGCAAUCAUUCCUUCCAUGGCAACUGCCUUGACAAAUGGGGAGACACAAGUUGUCCGGUGUGUCGCUAUUGUCAGACACCUGAGGCAGUGGAGGACCAUAAAUGCUUCACAUGUGGAGCCCAGGAGAGUUUAUGGAUUUGCCUCAUCUGUGGGCAUGUGGGCUGUGGACGAUACUCCAACCGUCAUUCCUACAGUCAUUUUGAAGAGACUCAGCAUACCUAUGCCAUGCAGCUGGGCAAUCAGAGAGUGUGGGACUAUGCUGGAGAUAACUAUGUCCAUCGGUUAGUUCAGAGUAAGGGUGACGGUAAACCUAUUGAAUGGGACAGACAAGAUACAGAGACGGCACACACAGAGAAACUAGACUCACUGCAACUGGAGUAUUCCUACCUGUUGACAAGCCAGUUAGAGUCACAGAGAAUCUACUUUGAAGAGCAGAUGGCACGUAUUGAGCAGGAUGCCCUCAAUAGGAUGUCGGAGGUUGAGGCUCGUUCCCGUAAGACGGUUGAAGAGCGAGAUAAGAUGGAGCAGUGUUUGCAGACAGCAGUCAAGGAAAAAGCUGGAUUGGAGAGGAAAUGUUCUCAGCUCAACAGCCGACUCAACAAGAUAAGUGCUGAACUCAAGGAAGAAAAAGAGAUGAACCGAUGUCUGCGGGACAACCAACAACUUUGGCAAAACAAAGUGGCAGAUCUGGAGAAGAAGUACACUGAGGAUAGCAAACAGCAACAAGGGGAAAUCAAUGAAUUGAAGGAGCAGCUACGAGACUUGAUGUUCUACCUGGACGCACAGCAGAAGAUUGGUAGCACCUCAGAAGACACUCGGCAGGAGAUACAAGAUGGGCAGAUAGUGAUUGGAGAGGCUGCAGCCUCAUCGUCGACAUCGUCGCGUAAAGGCAGGAAAAAGGGACGAUGAUUCCAGGCAGGUGUCAAUUAGCAGAGCUGUAAUAGAGGCAAUCACAGGUCAAUCACAAGUCAAUCACAAGUCAAUCACAAGUCCAAUUGCAAGUAAAUCACAA